AUGGCCCCCCGAUCCCAAUACGACCCCAUAGCAACCCAGUACACCUCGUACACCACCGUCCCCGACAUGCGGCUCGAAGCCUCCCUCGUCCGUACCGCCCUCGGCCCCUGCCAGCCCACCGACAUUAUCCUCGACCUCGGAGGCGGCAGCGGCCUCCACGCCCGCACCGCAGUCGACCUCGGCGCCGGCCGCGUCGACGUCGUGGACAUCUCCCCCGAAAUGCUCCUCGCCGGCCGGCAAAUUGAGGAGUCCCUCGGCCGGACCGACCGCCGCAUCCGCUACAUCCAUUCCGACGUCACCAAGCCCCUCCCCCCUCACCUCGCAGAACAGAAAUACGACGUCGUCAUGGCGAAUUGGGUGCUGGAUCACGCCGAGAGUAUGGACGACCUGAUUGGGAUGUGGAGAAACAUCGCGUCUGCGCUGAAGCCGGGGGGGAGGUUUGUGAACGUGAGGGUGAGGUGCUUGCGGGCGGGGUAUUUGACUCGAGGAAAAUACGGGGUGGUGUUUAGCGACUUUGAAGAGAUCGUCACCGGCGGGCCGGGGUGGAGGUAUAAUGUUAGUUUUCGGCUGGACGGGGUGCCGGUUGUGUUUGAGGCUACGUCUAUGGAGGCGACGUUGGGGUUGGAUCACAGCAUACCUGAGAGCAUGGGGAUGGGGGGGUGGGGGAUUGUGCCGUUGGAGGAGGAUGAGGUGGUCAAGGGGGAUAGGGAGUAUUGGGCUGAUCAUGUCGGGGAGCCGUCGUUUGUGGUUGUGGUGGGAAGGAAGCUGGGGGGGUAG